GCAAUGUGCAAUUUGGCCUGUGUUCAGAUAAGCUGGGAGGCGGGCCAGAGGUUGACAUUGCUCAACGCACAGAUUCUUUCCUGUUCACAGAGACAGUCGAGCGAGGGACAUGUAGAGUGAGAGUAGCUGGCGUGCGUCUUCUCCCAGCGACUUUGCGCUCAAGCGUCCGAAGGCCCAGCGAGUUGAGCGCGAGAUGGGGAUUUGACGAAAUGCGAGCUGAAUCGACAGGCCCGUCGUGUCGAUAUAGUCGAGCAUGGACGUCGCCGACGAGCGCUCUUGAACUGCGAGGAGGCCCCGCUUCGUUCAGCGGCGUUCGGAGAGGAGCUUGGUCGUCGUCGUCGUCGUUGUAGUCUGGAGCGAUGGAGGGAAGCAGCCGCCGCCGCCGGUCGGCCAUUCUCACGGCAUUGUGCACCUUCUUCGCGCUCGCACUCAGCUCCUCCGCACAAGAGUUUCUGAGCAUCGACUGCGGGGCGGAUGUCGGACGGACAGACGGGGCCGGGAUCAAGUGGGUGACGGACGACGGCUACGUGAAAACAGGAACGAACGUCCAACUGGAAACGGGCGAGAUUUCCCCGUUCUACAGCGCCAGGGUGUUCACGGAGAAGCGGAGCAAGCAUUGCUACGUGCUGCCCGUACAGAAGAACUCGACGUAUCUCCUCAGGAACAUCCACUAUGCCGGAGAGUCGAUCAGCACCGCGAGCAUUGCGUUCCCGGUGAGCUUCAACGUCACCGUGAACAACGAGGUCUGGUACUCGUUCAGCGGGCAGACGGAUGACGACCUUGGACCGUUUUUCUACGAGUCGGUGUUUUACAGUUUACAGAAGGAAGAGGUGGACGUGUGCUUCGUGGCAGGCGCGUCGGGAACUCCGUUCGUGAAUUCCAUCGAGAUGAGGGAGCUGAACCCGCUCUCGUACUACGAUAUCCGGGACCCAAAUAUUAACUGGUUCCUCGUCUUGGUCGCCCGGUACAACACGGGGUCGCCGCCGAACAGUAGCAUCAUCUCUUAUCCAGACGAUCCCUACGACAGGUACUGGCUGCGCGUCACGAAUUCCUCGCGGGCAGGCGUUGCGAACUCAUCGGUCCUCGCCCCGCCCACACAAGCAGCGCUGACGACGGCCGGUUGGAACUUCGCCCCGGAACGAGUACGAGAGGACGCCUGGGUCGGGACGGAUUUGUCUGUUCAGUUCAUCAGGGCGGAGGGCGCGCCUCGAGCGUACGCUGCGUGGUACUUUCAGGAAAUCAGAAACUUGACCGCAGCGGAACUUCUGAAAAAUCCUACUCAGAUGGUAGUCGGUCUGAAUGGUGCGUCUCUCGCACUCAACUUGAGCACGUUCAAUCCCAGGCAGGCAAGGGUCGCGGUGCAGCUCGAAAACUCCACCACUGUCGAUUUGAUACUCAUAUCGCCGAACGGCUCCAGACCCGCGAUACUGAACGCGUUCGAGCUCCAUUGGGCCUACGAAGUCGAUCAGUCAACAACGAACGCCAAGGAUGCGACCGUUUUGAAAUCUCUACAGUCGAUUUUCGGAUUGGAAGAUUGGCAGGGAGAUGCGUGCUAUCCAGUGGCAUGGGAUUGGGUCGCCUGCGACGGCGACUCGAGAAUCAUCGAGCUGAAUCUUUCGGACAAGAACCUCACUGGCCCCAUACCGGACGCGAUCGUUGAGUUGACUCAAUUGCAGAAGAUACGUCUAGACAACAACCAACUAAACGGAACAAUUCCCCAGUCGUUGCGCACCCUCAGAAAUCUGCAAUUACUGGCAUUGGACAACAAUAACCUCAGUGGCGACAUUCCUGCGGCUUUUGUAGAUAAAGCUGGAUUCACAUUUUCUGGGAACCCAGGGAUCUGUCAAGUAGGAGGGAACUGUAACUCAACAGCACCAAAUCCGGCACCGGCCGAAGCGAGCAAAUCAGACGACGAUUCAAACGAGAAGAUUUACAUCGGCGUGAUUGCUGCACUCAGUGUGAUCAUUGCUGUGCUCGUGGCUGGUCUCGUGUUCUGUAGCGUGAGAGGAAACCGCUACAAAAGCAGAGCAGCGCCUGUUGUAACUUGAUCACGAACCCUUCAGUUGUUUCGUUCUUUAUCCGUGUGGGUAACCGAUCACUUCCUCCAAGCUACCCUUCUUCCCCACUCAUCAUGACCGGGAUAGAAGCUCAAGGUUACCUAUAUAGAUUAUGGAUUCCUGUCUCCAUAUCGAUGAUCAGUGUAAAAUGGAAAACGAAAACUCUCGUCUCUCCCCUGAAAGGAGAAGAUCCUUAGUGAAGCAGUUGCCUCUUAGAAUACGUGGUUGGCAUCUCUCCAACCUGGAGAUGGAAUCUCAAGAAUGUGGAGCCUCGACACUCAUACAUGCGCACCAAUUCAGCAAGCUAGUCGAAAUACAUGAUCGGUGCAACUACUCGAAGCAGCCCAUGUAAAUGUUUUGUUGAUGUACGUAACACCCAAAAGGUAAUGUGUUCCGAGUGAGAAAUUUUUAUCUGUCUCCGAAUUUGUUUUUGAGC